CAGUGGACAAAACCGAGACACAGAGAAAGAGAGAGAGAGAGAAGCUGAUUGACUGACCAGUCUACCGUCUGCUACGAUGCUGGAAUAACAGGGAAUUCACACUCUACAUAACAUCCAGUCCGUAGUAACCUGGAAGAUGUCUGGGAAACUCGACAGCAAGCAGGACUCCCAGCGUUCCAACCUGCAAACCUUCACGAUGAGGUUAAUAGACAGAUUUCACUCCCCCAAGCCGAGAAGAGUGCAAUCAUCGAAGAAAACAUCAAAGCCUUCAGUUGAGCGAAUCGUCAAACCUCCUGAGAAGCAAGAAACUAAGAAUCUCAGCCGGUUGGAAGAGAAGGAGAAAGAAGUGGUCAGUGCCUUGCGUUACUUCAAGACGAUAAUAGAUAAGAUGGCAGUAGACAGAAAAGUCCUGGAAAUGCUUCCUGGAUCCGCCAGUAAAGUCUUGGAGGCUAUCGUACCUCUAGUGCAAAUUGACCCUAAGAUUCUCAAAAGUUCCUCCGUGUCAUCCUGCCUCAGCCGAGUGUAUCAGAGUCUGGCGAACCUCAUCCGCUGGUCUGAUCAGGUAAUGCUGGAAGGAGUUGACUUGGAUGAGAAGGACACCGUUGCGAACGUUACCAGUAUCAUCAAAGCAGUGCUGGAUGGCGUGAAGGAACUGGUGAAGCUGGUUUUGGAGAAACAGCAACUCCCGUCCCCGACAUCACCCAAAGCCAAAAAUGUCCCAUCAGUCAUCAGCUCAGAGAGUGUACCAGAGCCUCCCGUUAUAGAGACAGAAGAUGAGAACUCGACAAACUCCUCUGCACUGAGUCAUUCCACCGAGGCCCUGACUGAUGCCCCAUCCACCGAAGAAGCGGCGCCUCCCAAGCCCCCGCUUCCUGGCCUUAAAGUGCCCGAGCAUUGUCCCCCAGCUCUUCCUCCUAAAAAGCGCCAGUCAGCGCCGUCUCCUACCCGCGUACCUGUUGUUACUCCGAUAAGCCGCGCAACAAGUGGCUCAAGUCUUCCUAUCGGGAUCUACAGACAGGACUACGAUGCAGAUGGUUUACAGCGGCGGUUUUCUGGUGGCAGUCACUCAUACGGUGGCGAGUCGCCCCGUGGCUCUCCCUGUGGCAGCAUGGGUAAACUGAGCAAAUCAGAUGAACAGCUGUCCUCUCUGGAGCAGGACAGCGGACAGUGCUCUCGCAACACUAGCUGUGAGACGCUAGAUACGGCAGAAAGCUACGACCCAGACUAUGACUUCCUAAGAGAGGACUUGUCGAGCGUGGAUCAGCUCUCUCUUCCUGCCGGAAGCUGUCUCAGCCCCCUUCCCGAGUCCCAUCGGGAGCCAUCGUCCUCCCCAUGUCUGAGCCAGAUUCCUUACGGUUCUCCCUCUCUCCAACACUCUGUCACCGCUUCUCCACAUGCUCUCAGCGCCCCUCCUGCUCUCCCGCAAAAGAAACGGCGCAGCGGCAACCCACAGACACCCUUCGACGGCACGGCGUCUCGAACACCCUUCGAGCGCCUGCACUCUCACUACGACAACGUCACAGACGAGGAAAUGCCCGUGCCGCCUUUUCCUCUCUUCCCUCUGUUCCCUUCUCCCAUGGUCGGAUAUGGGAUGGACUUCGUCACUUCUGAGAAUGCUUCUGUGCCUCAAUCUCCUCCACCUCUACCUGAGAAGAAAAGCAAGCACAUCCUGAAGUACAUGGCGUUCGUGGAGGAUUAUUCGGAACCGCAGCCAUCAGUCUUCUACCAGAUGCCACAGAGUGAGAGCAUCUACGAGCAGCGCAACAAGCUGAUACAGGAAGUGUACGGCUUCAACGACUCAUUCAGCAGCAGUGACUCUGUGCACGAGCCCCUCCCUCCUCCAGCGCUCCCACCCAAACAGAGGCAGCUGGCCUCCUCUCACUCUGCGUCUCCUUCCUCAUCCUCCUCUUCCUCUCUGUCGUGCCAGCUGCUUCCAGGUGGAGGCCCGGGUUCUGCCGAGGUGGACGCUGCUCUCAGCCUGUCCGCCUCGAGCUCCUCUCUGGGCUGCCCGGCUUCUCCUCCUAUCGCUACGAGCCAGAAUGCUAGUGAAGAGGGUGGCAAGGGUGGGUACGUCAAUCUGUAUUCGUCUAGCCAAGCCAACGGAGACCUGCUGCUCUCAAAUGGUGACCCCAGCUGUGGCACAGAGGACUCGCUCCAGGACCCCAGCAAAGAGUCGACUGACACAGACAGCUGGAAGCAGAAGUGUGCAGACUCAGACCUGAGCUCGGAGGAGCUGGACGAGCUGUCCCUGGUGGAUCAUAAAGAGAUCAUGGCCCGCAUCACGCUAAAGCAAGAGAAUGAUGAUGGACCAGAUGUCCGGGCGGGAUCAGGGGACAUUUUAUUAGUUCAUGCAACAGAAACGGAACGCAAAGAUCUGGUUUUAUACUGUGAAGCCUUCCUGACGACCUAUAGGACAUUUCUAACCCCAGAGGAGCUCAUCAAGAAGCUCCACUAUAGAUACACUAGAUUUUCUCACAGUUCAGACACCAUCAAGAAACGAGUGAGCAAAAAUACCUUCUUCGUGCUGGUGCGUGUUGUGGACGAGCUUUGUUUGGUGGAGCUAACAGAAGACAUUCUGAAGCACCUGAUGGACCUGGUGGUGAGUCUGGUGUGUAGUGGGGAGCUCAGUCUGGCCCGCGUCCUCCGCAAGAACGUUCUGGAUAAAGUGGAGCAGAAGAAGCUGCUCAACUACACUAACUCGUUGAAGACUCUAGCUGGCCGCAGUGUCGCCGCCAGGCCUGGUACUCUUCAUGAUUUCCGUAGCCAUGAGAUCGCAGAUCAGCUCACUCUCCUGGACGCAGAGCUGUUCUACAAAAUAGAGAUCCCAGAAGUUCUGCUGUGGGCAAAAGAACAGAAUGAAGAGAAGAGCCCAAAUCUUACCCAGUUCACAGAACACUUCAAUAACAUGUCUUACUGGGUGCGUUCAUUAAUAAUCCUGCAAGAAAAGGCCCAAGACCGAGAAAAACUCCUCCUUAAGUUUAUCAAAAUCAUGAAGCACUUACGGAAACUUAAUAACUUUAACUCCUACCUGGCGAUUCUGUCGGCUCUGGACUCAGCACCCAUUCGGAGACUGGAGUGGCAGAAGCAGACGUCGGAGGGUCUGGAAGAGUACUGCACUUUAAUCGAUAGCUCCUCAUCAUUCCGGGCGUACAGAGCAGCCUUGGCAGACGUUGAGCCUCCCUGUAUACCGUACCUGGGUCUCAUCCUUCAGGACUUAACAUUUGUGCACCUUGGGAAUCCUGACUACUUCAAUGGGAAGGUGAACUUUUCCAAGCGUUGGCAGCAGUUCAACAUCCUUGACAGCAUGCGCCGCUUCCAGCAAGUACAUUACAAUCUAAAACACAAUGAUGACAUUGUAUCCUUCUUUAACGACUUCAGCGACCAUCUCGCCGAGGAGGCGUUGUGGGAGCUCUCUCUAAAGAUCAAACCACGGAACAUCACACGCCGCAAAACAGAGAGGGAGGAAAAGACGUAAGGCCUCGCUCUCUCUCUCCCCGAGAGACUCAGUUCAAGCGGACUCGUGAAAAGCAGCGAUUGAGGAGCGAACGUGACGGCAGCUAGAAGACUGUUGGGGAGGCAUGCGACGUUUUAUAAAGUUUACAGGAGUUUGAGGAUUGCACUGCAUCUUGACCUGUGAAUAGUUGUAAGGAAGAAUGCAGGACUCAAGGAAGACGUUGUGGGAGGGUCGGUAAAGCCGCGUUAUCCGGACACGCGGCUCUACACACCUCCAGACUGUAAUGUAAUUCCUGAGGAGAAGAACGUCUUUUUUAUAAUUUAAAAACAAAUGCACAUUAAUGACUUUUCACGUUGGACUUUUUAGAAGGAUUGUGUUCAUAUUUUAUCAGCUUGCAGCAUUCGUAACCAGGUCUUGGUGUUAUACACAGCUGAUAUAAAAGGCAUGGUUGACAUUUCAACAGACUUAGCACUUUACAUCCAUGUACAAAUGUAAACGCUCUUGAAGCUCCAAUGAGACGAUAUGACGUCUUGAGCAGGUUUACAGAGAGCUAGCUUAGACUCUUAAAAUGGUUCCUCAUGUCCCUUUUUGGACUAACCUGGUACUUGGUCAUUCUAAAUAAUGAAGAUUCGUGUACACCGAUAGCGACGUGCUGUCCAAGAACAAAAGGCUUUUAGGCCAAUUCACCUCGAGUCUUCCAUUUGUAUUUAUUUUUAAAAAGUGUCUAGUUUUCAUAGAAAUAUACCAUGUCUUGUGAAGUGUAUAGUUGUGUGCAUUGCUAGGUACAAAUACACUCAUUACAGAUUUGUACAGUUCAUGUUUGUGAUUGACGCUUGAACAGAGUCGUCCUGAUGGACCUGUCGCGGCGUGUAGGAGUACGUUAUCUCUCUGUACUGUGGUGACGAUUCUCUCUAGUCUGCGCUCAUGACAUGAUACCAAGUGCCUAAAGCUGUUUAAACGGUGCAGUGAUUUGUCAUUUAUUUUUGUAUAAUGUGUUUUUUUAUGUUAAACAUUUUAAACAGACACUUUUGGAGAAGCCGAUGUGCGUGCUCUCUCUAUCUCGCUCUUUUUCUCUCUCUCUCUCUCUCUCUCUCUCUCUCUCUCUCUCUCUCUCCAUUUCUGUGUCAUGAAAAGUGUUCACAUGUGCACCUGAAACUGUUUGAAUGAAAAAAAAUUGUGUAGAGCCACAGCCCUGUAUAGAAGACUGAAUGCAUUAUGUGAGAGUGAUGUGAGUUUUGGGAAUAUAGGAAGGAGUCAUUUGUUAAAACGAUCGAUAUGGAAUUAAAGUUCCAGUCAGAAAUCA